AUGGUGGCUCGAUUACCCCGGGUGGAGGAGUGGUGGUACAGCUUGAGCGAGACUAGCCAGGAGCUGGAGCGCGUGCGGUGCGCUGGAACGCGCGCAGUGCACCGCACCGCACCCACCGACACACCGGCUUCACGGCCAGCCUUUGCACUUCCUCCACCAUCCAAGCCAUCGCCAGGACGGGCGUCAUCGGCCGCUCAAAGUCGGCCUCGUAACCUGGUUCAGGAGUCUGUUCCUGCUUUGCCGCGAUCUCCUGUUACGACCUUGGCUCCGGCGCCCCAGCAGCUGCCAGAAGGGGCGCUGGCUCCAUAUGCUGGGGAGUCUGCCUUAAUCCCUCUGCUCACCGGAGGGGUUUUCACAGACUUUAUUCCCUUUGGUGUUAUGACCCUACCACCGAUCGUCGUGUUGACACCUGGUGAGGGACAACAGAUCUGGAAGGAGCUAAAGGCCCAGAGUGGCCCUGACGUUAUUGGCUCGCCCUUGGCUCCCACCUCGACCCCUGAGUGGAAGAGGCCUGGCCCAAGCCGUCGGCGCCCAUCGAAGGAGGCCAAGUCAGUCUCACAGUCCGUCUCCGGGCUCAUGCUUCAACCCAUCGCAAACGCCGUUGCCCCGCCACCCAUGAAUCCUGCUGCACCGGUUCCUGAGCCACGUCUCGCCCAAGCUUCAGCGCAGCCAUGUCUCGCCCAAGCUCUAGCGCCUCGGUCCGCACCAGUCUCCGUGCUCCAGUCUGCAUCAGCCCCUGUGCCUCAGCCUACAAGCACCACAGGCUCCUCACCUGCCUUGCCCUCUGUUGCCGCCCAGCCAAACCAGAUCUCGACUCCUUUCCCUGUCGGUCCGGGGAGGGCCACUCCUUCCGGCGCUGGAGAAGCGGGAGUUUUAGUCCAUGUUGGCUCCAGAGAGGAGUACGCACGCAGCCCUGCCGGCUGCGAAGAGGACGCGGUUCCUGUCGGCGCCAGUGAGGAUGCGGUUUCUGUCGGCUCCGGUGAGGACGCCGUUCCUGUCCGCUCCAGUGAGGACGCCGUUCCAGCCGAGGCCCCUUUCUGA